GAGCUCCGUCACAAUCUACUAACAAGACAGGAUUAUCUGGACAUUUUACUGUUACUGCAGAUGGAAAAAUAAGAGCCAAUCCUGUGUGUUCAUACUCUGAAGAGACUCCGCCCCUCACCUGACUCACCUGAGACAAACCAGGAAACAGGUUGUUAUUCUGCCUCACUGAGACGAGACACACUGAGAGUCAGACGGUAAGACUCCCCUUCAGACCAGAACCAGCACUUCCACUGAGAGAGGACAACUACAGGAGGGAUACUGGGAAUACUGGGAACACUGGGAAUACGAGCACUUCAACCUGCUGCUGAAUCCACAAACUGAACAAGAGUUUGACGAGAACAAAGACUCAAAGUGAAGGUAACUUUCAGGGCCGUUACUGAAGGAGGGAGUGGCUGACUGUUUCCUGUCUGAGCGUCUGCUGCUGUGACUUCAGCUUCACUCAGAGACUAAAUGGCUUCCAGAUUAGAGGAAGAUCUCUGCUGUCCUGUCUGCCAGGACAUCUUUAAAGAUCCUGUCAUCCUGUCAUGUUGCCACAGCUUCUGUAAAGGCUGUCUGCAGAGCUGGUGGACAGAGAGAGGAAGUCGGGACUGUCCAGUUUGUAAGAGGAGACAUUCAAAGAGCUUCAUGCCUCCUAAUCUGGCUUUAAAGAGCCUGUGUGAGAGUUUCCUACAGGAGAGAGAUCAGAGAGCUUCAGAGGCUCUCUGCAGUCUGCACUCUGAGAAACUCAAACUCUUCUGUCUGGACCAUCAGCAGCCAGUGUGUCACAUCUGCAGAGACUCAGAAAAACACAGCAACCACAGAUUCAGACCCGUCGAUGAAGCUGCACGACAACACAAGAAGGAACUUCAGGAAACUCUGGAGGCCUUAAAGGAGAAGUUAAAGGUUUGUGAACGAGUUAAAGUGGAGUUUGAUCAAACAGCAGAACACAUGAAGGUCCAGGCCCGACACACAGAGAGGCAGAUUAAGGAGCAGUUUAAGAAGCUUCAGCAGUUUCUAGAGGAGGAAGAGGAGGCCAGGAUGGCUGCACUGAGGGAGGAAGAGGAGCAGAAGAGUCAGAUGAUGAAGGAGAAGAUGGAGGCUCUGAGCAGAGAGAUAGCAGCUCUUUCAGACACAGUCAGAGCCACAGAGGAGGAGCUGAGAGCUGAAGACGUCUCAUUCCUGCUCAACUACAAGGCUGCAGUGGAAAGAGUCCAGCAGCGCCCCCUGCUGGAUGAUCCACAGCUGCCCUCAGGAGCUCUGAUAGACCAGGCCAAACACCUGGGCAACCUGACCUUCAACAUCUGGAACAAGAUGAAGGACAUGGUCUCCUACUCUCCUCUCAUUCUGGACCCAAACACUGCUGAUCCAGAACUGAUCCUGUCUGAAGAUCUGACCAGUGUGAGACGAGGAGAGAAACAGCAGCUUCCUGACAAUCCAGAGAGGAUUGAUAGUUACCUCUCUGUCCUGGGCUCUGAGGGCUUUAACUCAGGGACUCACAGCUGGGAUGUCGAGGUUGGAGACAGAACAUACUGGUUACUGGGUGUGUUAGCAGAGUCUGUCCAGAGGAAGCGAGUCAUACAGUCUGGAUUAUGGACAAUAAGGUUCUUUAUAGGUAAAUACUUUGCAAAGUCACCAUCAGCUCAACUCACUGAUCUCAGUGUGCAGAAGAAGCUCCAGAGGAUCAGAGUGACUCUGGACUGGAACAGAGGAAAGCUGUCGUUCUCUGAUCCUGAUACUAACACACACAUACACACCUUCACACACACUUUCACUGACAGGAUGUUUCCAUAUAUUGGCACUUUGGAUGAACUCCCACUGAAGGUUUUACCAGCGAAGGUCUGUGUGACUGUAGAAGAUGCUGCUGCUGCUGCUACUGAUGAUGAUGAAGAUGAAGAAGAUGAUGAUGGUGAUGACUAAAUGUAGUUUUCAUUGUGUUGUUUCUGCUGAUGUGUUUAACAUGAAGUUGUCAUAUCUGAUCUGACAGAGAACCAGUGAAUUAAAGACUUCCUGAGUUUUAAGGAUGUAAAUAAUGAGAGUUUAUCAAACUGCUGUAAAUUUAGUGAAAGUAAAGUCGUCUUUCAAUAAAACCCUGUGGAGCAGAUUUCCUCAGAAACCUGUGGUACAGCUGAUGUCUCCAGAGAACACAGUUUGGUCCUAAAUAAUCCCACAUGUUCAUCAUUUUCCUCCCUAAGAAUCAGAUUCAGUAACAGCUGCACAGUUAUCAGUUUAUCAGAUAACUGAUAUGUUGCAGCACUUUGGAUAUUUUUACAGAGCGACUGUCUGAUGAUCCUUUCUUUUCUUUUCCCGUCAGAACAGCUGACUUUAACAAACUGUGUCUCCGGCUCCGAGUCUGUGUGAUCAAUAAGUAGAAUGUAGAAACAGCAGGUGUGUUCGGGGCAGCAUGCGUCGCUGUGCGGCCCUCAGAGGGUAAAAACUCACCUGCUUGUUGAGACUCUUCUUUGGAUCAAUUCUCAUUAACAACGUUGAGCUGCGAUGCCAUUAAAGAGGUGAUAUUCUGCUCAUUUUCACGUUCAUAAUCCUAUUUAGAGGUUGUACCAGAACACGUUUACAUCAUUAUAUUUUUGUGAUACUGCACAUUGCUGCAGCUCCUCUUUUCAGCCUGUGUUGAAGGCUUCGUUUUAGCUGUGGAGUGAUACAUCUUGUCUCUAAAUGAUCUUUGCAUAUUUUAACUGUUUUGAUGCUUUUUCAUUCUUUAAACCAAAUAAAGUUUUAAUGUAAUGCUUAAUUUCUAUCUUAAAAA